AUGGCACCACACGGGCCGCCUUUCGACUUCGACCUCAACGAGCCGCCGCCGCCGGAGAACGACGGCGUGGACGGCAUGUCCGCAGGGCCGGUGCCGGAACCCUCGGUGCAGCAAGAUCCGCUGCCGCCUGCGCCGGUGCCGGAACCCUCGGCGCAGCAAGAUCCGCUGCCGCCGCCUGCGCCGGUGCCGGAGCCGACGACGGCGCACGUUCCGCUUCCUGCGCGAUCGCUAGCGCCGGCGCCGGAGGCCUCGCCGGUCGACCCUCUCCCUGCGCCGCUGCGGGCACCGGUGCCCGUGCCCGUGCCCGUGCCCUCACCGCAUCAUCAUCUGCCGUCUCCGGUGUUAGACCUGGAGGCCCCGUUGUCUUCUCUCGACGACGAGGACGAAGACGAGGCGGACCUGCCCCCGCCCCCACCGCUCCCCCUGCCCCCGCCCCCGCCGCCGUCAUGGUACCGCGUCGACACAUCCGACGCGCCCACGGCUUCCUCUGGCCGUCAGGGCGACGCGGCGCGGCAGUAUUCGUCGCCCGAGACUUGGGCGCCGCGCUGUUCCAGGGCGGCGACGGCGAGCGACACGACGUCCUCCCACAGGUCGCGGCGCAGGCCCUACUCCUGCGACGACGCGAUCUCCAAGCAACGUCGCGUCGACUACGACGAGGACGGCGGGUCGUCCCGAUUCCGAAGCGGGAGCCGUCGUCGCUCGGAAUUCGGAUCCCCGCGUCGCUAUGGGCGCUCGGGACUCCCUCCGCCGCGUCACUACUACGAACAAGACGGUGGACGGCAUGCGCCGGCGGCAGAUGGGCAGCCGGGCGCGCCUGCGAAGAACCGCCGCCGGCGGCGGCGGGUGCAGAGGCGGCACCACGGGUACCAGUACGAGGGCCCAGUGCAGAAGCAGCAGGGCUUCCGGGGCCAAGAAAGGCCGCGGGUCCAUCAUGGGCCUCAUCAUGGCCCAGAAGUGCCAAAGGUGGGCUAUGCUUCUUACAGCCCGGCCUCUCCAUCGUUCGUCAGGCGUGAUUCGUCCGGUGCCCGGCUGAGUCCGGAGCAAGAACGAGGCACCGGCUGGGAUCGUCGUCAGUGCAGGGAAAAGGACGCGCCUCCUUUCAGGCCGUCGUCGUCCUCUGGACCGCACGGCUGGGACGAUCCGUACCACGGCCGGCAGAGCCAGGCGGCGCAAGAACCCCCGAAAAAUGGUGGGUAUCAGCACGGGGACAGAGAAGCGCCAAGUUUCAGGCCGUUGUCCACUGGAGCGCACGGCGGCAGGGACGACGGUUCAUUCGGAGGACGGCACAUUCCUCCGGAAGAAAAAACCAUCACCGGUGGCGCACAUCAUCAGCAGCAAACAAAGGCGCCUCAUGGUCUUGAUGAGCACUUCCCUGAUCGGGCGUACCAUCCCUAUGCACAUCGCGGCAGCGGUUUCGACAGGCCCGACGACGGCGGCGGCCGCAAUCCAUCGAGGCGUGAACCCCGUGACAGUUACGAGCACCGGCGCUACAGCAAGCAGCUCAGAUCAGGAGCACCUCCUGCUCGUGUCCUCCGACGAUACUACGGAGAUGUGCAGGAGUGA